CGUGAACGUCAAGUCAACAUGUCGGGAAGCGUUCUUAUAAGAGUUUUAUCUCACCUAAGGAGAACGUCACAAUUUCUACACCCGAAAAAGACGAAGUGCGUGAACAUAAGACGACCGCUCGCUGCCAAACAGCAAGGUGAAGGUCAGAUCAGACCACUAGAUGGCGUUAAAGUCUUAGAUCUGACAAGGGUUCUGGCUGGACCUUUUGCUACUAUGAUAUUGGGAGAUCUGGGAGCCGAGGUGAUCAAAGUUGAGCGUCCAGGCUCGGGAGACGACACGAGAGCGUGGGGCCCUCCGUUCGUGGGUGAAGAGAGUGCUUAUUUUCUGAGCGUGAACAGGAACAAAAAGAGCAUCGCCGUUAACCUUAAAGAUCCAAAGGGGGCCGGACUCGUAACCGAGCUUGCCAAAGUCUGUGAUGUUCUGGUGGAGAACUACCUGCCCGGGAAGCUGAAGGAGAUGGGACUUGGGUACGAGGAGUUGAGUGAAGUGGCCCCUCGGCUCAUCUAUUGCUCAAUAACAGGAUAUGGACAGACAGGCCCAGAGUCGCACAAGCCUGGUUAUGACUCCAUUGCGUCUGCGGUGUCUGGUAUGAUGCACAUCACCGGUCCUGAGGAUGGAGACCCGGUCAGGCCAGGUGUUGCUAUGACGGAUCUGGCCACUGGGUUGUACACUCAGGGAGCCGUCAUGGCUGCUUUGCUUCAGCGACAGAAAACAGGACGAGGCCUUCAUAUAGACUGCAAUCUUCUGUCUUCACAGGUUGCUUGUCUAACUCACAUCGCCGCCAACUACCUCAACGCUGGACUCGAAGCCAGGCGAUGGGGAACGGCCCACGGGAGCAUCGUCCCUUAUCAGGGUUUCAAGACCAAAGAUGGAUAUUUGGUUGUGGCAGCGGGAAACGACCAGCAAUUUAUGAAAGUGUGCAAAGUCCUGAGCAUGAACGGCCUGGCGGAAAGCCCGAGGUACGAAAGCAACAAGUUAAGAGUCGAGCACCGCAAAGAGCUGCUGCAGAUUCUGUCCGAGAGGUUCACGCAGGAGACGACUGGAGAGUGGUUGAGACGCUUCGAAGGCACCGGUGUCCCCUGUGGCCCUAUCAACAGCGUUCGGCAGGUGUUCUCCAGCCCUCAGGUUGCUCACAAUGGCCUUAUUUUGGAAAUGGACCACCCAACAUCAGGAAGGAUAGCAGUGCCAGGUCCCGCUGUGCGCUUCAGUAGUUUUGAGUCCAGCAAUCCGAUGGCGCCGCCUGUGAUCGGGCAGCACACGGCUCAGGUUCUCAGAGACACGCUGGGCUACAGCGAAGAUGCCAUAAACCAACUGCUAGCCUCUCGGACCGUCACUCAGAACAAGGUGCAGUGAGAGACGUCUGCAGUGACCGGCCAGCAGACGGAACACGGCCUUCCUUCUGAGCACAGCGGUGAUAAUGUUGUGAUUAAACUGUGAAUGUAAAAAUAAUGAGGUAAUGAUGCAUUCACAACAUUUACAUCCGUGCUGCCUGUUCUAUAAUUCAACAAAAAAAAGUAAAACUAAUUGUGCAGUAUUAAUGUAUAAAUAUGUUUCGUUUUUAGCCUAUUAUCAGAACCUAUUUUUUUGCAAUGUCUCAAGAAAGAUUUAUCUUGCAAAGAUAUUUGACUGAUGUUUAUAUGAACCACUGCAAGCUGUAAAGAAAACAGGAAGUUUGACCAAAAGGAGGAAAUGCAAUUUUUUUUUUUUUUUUUUGAGCGAAUGCAAAAGUUUUGCAAAAGGAUGCAAAAAAUUCAGAAAAUAAUUUUUCCUCCCACCCUUCACAGGCUCCAUAAAUUCAAUAGUACUUUUACAAUAAUAAUCACAAUAAAUAUAUAAUAAAAGUACUACUAAACAGUUGUAACCAUGUUUGUAAAAUAACACAAUAACUCUAUAUAAAAAUUUAAUUUGUGCAUAGAUCUUUGUAGCACAUUUUUUAGCAAACAUUUAUUUUUUGUUUUUGUUUUAUUAUGAUUUAAUUAUUAUUAUUAUUUUGGGGCGAACUAUGACUGACAUUUAAUUUUGAGAUUCACGCAUACUGUUAUAAUAAUAUAAUCAUAAUAAUAAUAUUAAUAUAAAAACAAUUGAUUACCACUGUGAUAAUUAUUAGGCAGUCAUUUCAACAACUUGGCACUAAAGCAAUAGAAAAAUAAAAGCGUUUGAGAUGAUUGUAUGAAACAGGAUCAUCCAAAUUAAUGGUAAUUUUAAAUUAAUGUUUUAAACAUUCGAUAAGAUAAAUACUGUUCAUUACAAAGUGUAUGGUCAAGAAUCUCAAAUAAAUACAAAGUUCUUAUACAGUA